CUACGAUCAAGUGCUCACUCACUUAAUACAGAAACCCACGGGGAACAUAUAUAAAACCCUGCACUGUGGGGAAUGUUCAGCAGAUUCACAAGUGAGACUAUCAUUGAAUUCUUUAUUACCAAAAGAUCUGCUAUCUCACGGGAAUCAUGAUAAUGCAGAAACUCUGGACUCUCCUCCUUGCCUAUGCGCUGAUCAUUUGUCAGAUGUAUGUCACACAGGCAGCUCCAUCCAGAACUAGUAAGGAGUCUAUGUCAGAUGGAAUCAUACUAUCGAAUGAUGAUGCCCAAAGGUUACUCCGCGCUAUCAAGGAGUUCAUGCAGAUAACUUCAGAUGAACAAGACACAGCUGAUGGAAACAGCUUGGAUAGAGCCAUGUCUAAGCGCUGCACCGGCUUAAGCACUUGUGUGCUGGGCAAACUCUCCCAGGAUAUUCACAAACUACAAACCUACCCCCGCAACAACGUGGGAGCAGGGACGCCUGGAAAGAAGCAAAGUCUAUCAGAGCAAUAUGAAAACUACGGCAACUCAUACAACUAAAACUCUCAAUUUUAUUCUAUUCUUUCUGCCUGUCUGUCUGAGUUAACAUAUAUGCUUGUUCAUCUAGCACUAUCCAUUCACAAGACUGCUGAUGCAUGUGGAUCCUAUUUGUCUGACUAACUUCAUGGAAACACUCUUGCUUUAAUUUUGGCAGACAUUGGAUUUUGACACUUUUGAGACUAUAAAACUUAGAAUUACUGUAUAGCUACAAACAUACUGUCACUUAGGUGGUUCUGUACAUUACAAUAAAAAUUAGAAACAGCUAAAAACAUUGCUAAUAUUAAAUAAUUGUUCUCUUCAUGGUAACUAUGUUUCCCCUUAAAUCAAAUCAUCUUUUACAUGGAA